GCUUGCUUAGUUUCGCCUUUCCUGGUUGUUACCAAGCAGGCGCUUCUAGAGGAGGUUGGGCCUCCCCGUGGGCCCCGGUGUGUAGCAUGUGGAGGCCCGGCAUUGCCUGCGUUUUCUCCGCUGCCUCCCGCAUUGCAAACCGCAGGCUAGGCCAGGGUCCUGGGUGGCGGAAGGAGGCAGCGCGGCCCCGGAGAGGAACAGCCGCCGCUUCUUCCUUCCUUUACAGUCGAUCGGAUUCUCACCAUCAUUCUGUAGACCAUGUUGUGAUGGUCAAAACAAAGAUUGUUCAGCUGGUAUGCUUAAGAAGUGUAGAGACAUUCAUUGACAAGAGCUCAUUAGAUGAAACUACCUAUGAAAAACUUGCUGAAGAAACACUGGAGUCAUUAGUAGAUUUCUUUGAGGAUUUGGCAGACAAGCAUUUAAUCCCUGAAGAUUAUGAUGUCUCCUUUGGGACUGGAGUUCUAACUGUUCAAUUAGGUGGGAACAUGGGAACUUAUGUGAUCAACAAACAGACCCCAAACAAACAGAUAUGGCUGUCCUCACCAACCAGUGGUCCCAAGCGUUAUGACUGGACUGGGGAAAACUGGGUAUAUUCUCAUGAUGGAGUGUCCCUUCAUGAACUAUUGGCAAAGGAACUUACAGCUGCAUUAAAGAUUAAACUGGACUUAUCAACUUUAGCAUAUGCUGGAAGAAAACAUACUUGAUGACUCAGACUUUCACCCACAAGAUCUUCCUUCUCUUCCUCCCUUUUCCCUCAAUUUUUUGGUGUGUUCAUUUGAGCUGAAAUUCUAAAAAUUAUUGUGCAACAACAGAAAAUAAUAUUUUUUCUUAGAUUGA